AUGCAGUCCGUGCCAUUGCUCAUACGGCAAUCGCUGCGAGCUCAUCUCCAGGUUCAAUGCGCAGGCGCCCGAUCGAUACGAGUUCCCCGAAUCCGUGCAGCAGCUGCCACUGCCUUUGCCGACAGGCCGAAUGCUCGAAGCUUCUCGAUCUGCGGCCGAUGCCGGUUCCGCCAGCUGUCCGGGUCCUUCUCCCCCCUUGACGAGAAAGAAAAAGAUAGAAUUCUGGAAGAAGUAAGGAAAGUACGCGAGAGGACAGCGCCAGAGGUUGUGCCAGAGGGCGUGCCAGACUCGAAUCCAACGACGGGGACCCCUCACGGCAGUUCUCCGCAGUCAGAUUCGCCGUCGACAUGGCAAACAGAGACAAAACCAGAAGACGAAGGUCCAACCGGGGAAGAAAAGCAGACCGAGCAGAAGCAAAAGACUGAAGCCCGGUCGGCAGCCCUAGGUUCUCUGGGCGGCGGCUUACCGUCAUAUUUGGAAAAUCGCCGAUCUCAACUGUCGAAGCAGUUCACUACGAUGAUGGAUACAAUGCAGGCCAAUGUCUUUGUCGCAGGACAGCGUCUGAAUGACCUGACUGGCUAUUCGGCCAUUGAGGUGCUGAAGAAGGACAUUGAGACUCAAGAGGCUAGACUUCGUGAAGCCCGUGCACAAGUUCGCAAAGCCAAGGAGAACUACACAGCCGCGAUCAACAACCGGUCUACUUCUCAGCGUGAGGUCAACGAGCUCCUGCAGCGCAAGCACGCCUGGUCUCCGACAGAUCUGGAGCGCUUCACGCUGUUGUACCGCAACGACCACACCAAUGAGGUUGCCGAGACCGAGACGCAAGAGGCGCUCUCCCGUGCAGAGCGCGAGGCCGAAGAAGCGGCCGCUGCGUUGAACAAGAGCAUUCUCUCUCGUUACCACGAGGAGCAGGUCUGGUCGGACAAAAUUCGUCGAAUGAGUACCUGGGGGACCUGGGGCCUGAUGGGUGUCAAUGUGCUGCUCUUCCUGAUCUUCCAGAUUGCCGUAGAACCGUGGCGUCGCAGCCGACUUGUCAAAGGCUUUGAAGACAAGGUCGUGGAGGCAUUGGAAAAGGAAAAGCACCUGAAUCAUUUCAGCAGCGCUGCACCCCCCUCAGCUGCCACCACCACCACCACCACUACCACCACUUUACCCGAGGUUAUUGAUUCUGAAAUUGAGACAUCCGUCGCAGCGAUGGAGUCGCCCAAAGAUGAAAGCACUAAGACUGCCUCCACUCUGUCAAUGUCGUCCAUGGAAGCUUCUUCUGCUCUUCUCGAACCCAUUCCCGAGCAGUCACUUUACACUCGGGUCACGAAUAUUCCCUGGGCCCCGAUCACCGCUGAGUACUGGCGCCAGAUAAUCGAUGAGCUGUUCGCCGAGCGCACGGUCUCACUAACUCAGCGAGAUAUCACCGUGGCCACCUUGCAGAGCGCCGCAGCCGGCGCUGUUCUGACAAGCCUGCUUUUGGCCAUUUUGAGACCUCGGUAG